UGCUCCGCCCCGGUGAAAGGGCGGUGGCGCCGCUGGGCGGGGCCGAGGUCAAGGGCUGGCGGCCCGGCUGCUCUGGGGCCUGUGAGCUGUUGCGGAGCUGUGUGCUGCUGAGGCAGAGCGGGCUCAGCCGCGCGCACUCCGCGCCCGCCCGCCCGCGCCCGCGCUGAGCUUCCGGCUCGGGCGGCUGCGCUGCUCGCCCUCGGCGACGUUGCCCCGGAGUCUCCAGCAUGAACGAGCUGAGGCUUAGGGCGGUCCGUGAUCCGGACGCACCGCCGGUGGAGAAGGAGUCAGAACCAGAAGUAAAGGCAGAUGGAGAGACUGCAUCUGACAGUGAGAACCGUGCGGAAGCUGCUCCCCUAGUAACCUCCGCAGACGAUACCCCAGAGGUCCUCAAUAGGGCCCUUUCCAACUUGUCUUCAAGAUGGAAGAACUGGUGGGUGAGAGGCAUCCUGACUUUGGCCAUGAUUGCAUUUUUCUUCAUCAUCAUUUACCUGGGACCAAUGGUUUUAAUGAUGAUUGUGAUGUGUGUUCAGAUAAAGUGUUUCCAGGAGAUUAUCACUAUUGGCUACAAUGUCUACCACUCCUAUGAACUACCUUGGUUCAGGACCCUCAGCUGGUACUUCUUACUGUGUGUAAAUUAUUUCUUCUACGGUGAAACAGUGACGGAUUAUUUCUUCACUCUGGUCCAGAGAGAGGAGCCUUUGAGGAUUCUCAGCAAAUACCACCGGUUCAUUUCCUUUACUCUCUACCUGAUAGGAUUCUGCAUGUUUGUAUUGAGUUUGGUCAAGAAGCAUUACCGUCUUCAGUUCUACAUGUUUGGCUGGACCCAUGUAACGCUACUGAUUGUUGUCACCCAGUCACAUCUCGUUAUCCACAACCUGUUUGAGGGAAUGAUCUGGUUUAUUGUCCCCAUUUCUUGCGUGAUCUGUAAUGACAUCAUGGCCUAUAUGUUUGGAUUCUUCUUUGGUCGGACCCCACUCAUCAAGCUGUCACCGAAGAAGACCUGGGAAGGCUUCAUUGGGGGCUUUUUUGCUACUGUGCUGUUUGGCCUUCUGCUGUCCUAUGUGAUGUCUGGGUACAGAUGCUUUGUCUGCCCUGUGGAGUACAACAAUGACACCAACAGCUUCACUGUGGACUGUGAGCCCUCGGACCUGUUUCGCUUACAUGAGUACAACAUUCCUGAGGUGAUCCAGUCGGUCAUUGGCUGGAAAAUCGUCCGGAUGUACCCUUUCCAGAUUCACAGUAUUGCCCUCUCCACCUUUGCCUCACUCAUCGGCCCCUUUGGAGGAUUCUUUGCAAGUGGAUUCAAACGAGCCUUCAAAAUCAAAGACUUUGCCAAUACUAUUCCUGGCCACGGAGGCAUCAUGGAUCGCUUUGACUGCCAGUAUCUGAUGGCCACCUUUGUCAAUGUGUACAUCGCCAGUUUUAUCAGGGGCCCGAACCCAAGCAAGCUGAUUCAGCAGUUCAUGACCUUGCGGCCAGAACAGCAGCUCCACAUCUUCAGCACACUCAAGUCUCACCUGAUCGACAAGGGGAUGCUGACAGAUGCCACGGAGGACUAGUAGGGGCCACGCAGGGCUGAGAGAGCAGGACUGAGCGAGGGAGCGGACACCAAGGCCAGCCCAGCUGGUGUGACUGAAAUGAUGACAAGGCUUCAACUCACUGUCUUUUUUUUUUUUUUUUAACUUUUUUGAAAGAGUGUUUUUUUAUCUGUGGGUUUUUAAAAAAAAUUCUGUAUAUACAGUCUAUGUGCUUAUGAUUUGGGUUGUGAGUAAACUGUAGCUUUGAGUUGGAAAGAAGUCAUGGGGGUGAAACUAUUUGGGUUUUUUAAACAGAAGUUUUAAAAACCUGGAAGACAGUUUUGCCCAGGUACUUCUGGUCUCAUCAGUUGAAUUGGGCUCGAUCAGGGAGUGGCUGUUCAUGUGUUCUGACCCCGUCAGCGUCCCCCAUACCUGUACUACCCCUUCUCCCCAGCAGAGGGGAGGUGCACGGCUUGGAUGUCUUUGCCAGGAGAGCUUUCACCCGAGCUACUCUGUAAUCCUGCCUGGAGCUCCAGGGGUCUGCCUGCCAUGGGCUGGAGGGACAAAGGCUUAUUCUCAGAUCCAUUCUGUCCACAUGAAAUCCUGUGGAACCUGAGCUCUGCUUUAUGAUAUGCGUUCACCUUACUUCAUCACAGACUGAAGUUUUCUCGAGAGAGAGCACGAAACAUUAUUUAUAACAGUCUGGUAGAAAACACCACACUGUAAUAUUUCAAGUGUAUACAGUAGCAUGUACUGUAGCCGAGCCCCUUCCCCCAUGUUUAGGCUCACAUGGCUCCUAGGGGGCAGUCCACUCACUGUCUUUUCAGGGACGAUGGUGUUCAUAUUUGUGCUGUGGACUGGCUGCUGCUGAGUCCUCUCUGGGGCUUGCCCGUUAGGCAGGGAGCAGAAGGUUUCUCGUUUGUGCCCCUUUGCCUGACUGACCACCCACGUAGCUGCUGUAUUGUAUAUAUAUUGCUCCAGAGGCAAAUGUGUAUUGUGUAUGUGUUUUAAAAAUCACUUAUUUCUUAGAGUGAUUUCAAUUGCCAAGACUUCUUCACUGAAAUCACAAAGUCCUGCUUAAAACUCUGGAAAACCCAACCCAAUUAGAGGUUUGACUAUUCUGAAGAUUAAAUGCACACUUUUUAUAUAAUGUGACCAGUUAAAUGUAGUUUGUAUUUUACUGGGGAACCUUAUUUUUUAAAAAACAACGACUGUGA